AACCCAGGCCCCCUCUCCCCAGCCAGCCACUUCUUACAUUGGUAAACAAACUGCGUUACAACCCGAACCAUUUCUUUAUCCGACAACAUCGUCACCAACUCUUGCGUAACACCUAGCCCGUCUAAUGCGUCCAAUCGAUUUGUAAGAUAAUUUUACAACGUGGUAUGAUCGCCUAUCAAUCACAGCGAUAGGGGCGGGGCAUGUUGAGUUACGAGCCGAGGAAAAUAACAACAGGACCAGCGCGCGGAGAGAGGACCAAAGAGGAACCGUUAAUCAGUUCAUCGGCUGAAGACACGCUAUGGCCGGAGACGCAAGGGAAUCCGCCGAGAUGAAGGACCAGAGGAGACGGGAACGACAGUCGGCGUUAGACAACCACGACGGUUCCUUUGGAGUAUGUGGCUGGGUCCUGGUUCUGUUCUCUCUCCUGCUGACCAUAAUCACUCUCCCUGUGUCCAUUUGGAUGUGCAUCAAGAUCGUGAAGGAAUACGAACGAGCCAUCAUCUUCCGCCUGGGCCGUAUCCUGCGAGGUGGCGCUAAAGGCCCAGGGCUCUUCUUCAUCCUGCCCUGCACUGACAGCCUCAUCAACGUGGACAUGCGCACCAUCACCUUCGACAUCCCCCCGCAGGAGGUGCUAACCAAGGACUCUGUGACGGUGAGCGUGGACGGCGUGGUGUACUACCGCGUGCAGAACGCCACCCUGGCCGUGGCCAACAUCACCAACGCCGACGCGGCCACGCGCCUGCUGGCCCAGACCACCCUGAGGAACGUCCUGGGGACCAAGAACCUGGCGGAGAUCCUGUCGGACCGCGAGGAGAUCGCCCACAGCAUGCAGUGCACACUGGACGAUGCUACCGACGACUGGGGCAUCAAGGUGGAGCGGGUGGAGAUCAAGGAUGUCAAGCUGCCACAACAGCUGCAGAGAGCCAUGGCUGCUGAGGCAGAGGCCAGCAGGGAGGCCCGCGCCAAGGUGAUCGCGGCGGAGGGGGAGAUGAACGCGUCGCGGGCCCUGAAGGAGGCGUCCCUGGUGAUCGCCGAGUCCCCGUCGGGCCUGCAGCUGCGCUACCUGCAGACGCUCAACACCAUCGCCGCCGAGAAGAACUCCACCAUCAUCUUCCCCCUGCCCAUGGACAUGAUGCAGGCCUUCAUGAAGAGAUGAGGAGGAGGAGGGCAGCAUACAGCUACACACACAUACACACACUGAUGCGCUAACAAACAUACACACGCUGACACACAAAUACACACACACACACACACACACACACACACACACACAUGCAUGUACUGACAUCCAUACACAUGCUGACAUACACAAAGAUGCUGACAGAGAUAUACAUACUUUUCGGGUACUCUUCUAUGACAUAUUCUCUCUCUUCCAUUCUCUUCUCUUUGUUACAAGAGAUCGAAGACUUAUUUCUACUUAAUUUGCAGGCUGAGGGAAUUUAUUGCCCAGGCAUAAGUUGAUGCUAUUUUUUAAAGGGAAACGUACCACUAUAGCAACUCUGGUGCUACUACCACUUUAAUCGGGAAUGAAGAAAUCAGCGGUUGUAAUGAGUCUUUAUGGUGGAGGUGGGGGUGGACGGAGAGCGCCCGAUCUCCACGGCCAAUGUGUACAGUACAGUACACGUUUAUACGCUGAAUUUAAAAAUAGCCCUGCGAUCGUCCUCUAUGAUCGCACGGACCAGGACCCGACCUCACUGUCCGAGAGUGAACGCAACAUAGGUCAGUAUUUCUGUCCUGCUUCCUCAUCAUGCUCCCUUCCAACGGCUGCCUCUGUUCCCCUUGAUUAUGCCGCCCCGCCCCGCUGUCUCUAGCCAACUCCAGAGACUUUUCCACGCUGAGCUGAGUAAAAUAAUUAUCAUACGCAGUAUCACAUUAAUAUUUUAGCAAUCACUUAUGCCGUUUGUUAAUGCUACAACCAAAAUAUCGACAUUAUAUUAUAUUAAACCUAUUCCUUUAAUAUAUGAUAAUACUUGAGUCAUAUUGCCCACAAGGAACCCAAAAGACAGCAGAUUUUACAUCUAUAAAAAAUGGUCCUCUGAUGAUCUAUCUACUCAUGGUCCUCUGCUUGAAGCUUCAUCCAUUCAUCUAGUGUCUGGUCCGUUUGUUUACCACAGGGGCCGCGGGCCCCAAUCGACACCGCAAACACACACUAAACUGACACACAGCUCUUAACAGGAUUCACCGUGGAAGACACACACACACCAUCGUACACGUGCACAUCCUCAUGGCUCCUACUAUUACAUUGUCUAGUGCCAGUCAUGUUACAUUUUAACCACUGCCAUUUUGUAAAGUAUUGGGCUAACUGCUCCUCUUCCUCAAGCUGUUUGAACACUAAUAUCUUUAAUGUAUUUACAUCAACAUGUAUUUCUUAUGUUACGUGCGUUUGAACUAAAACCUCUUAUAUCUGCUUAAAGCCUUAAUCGCCACAGAUUCACUUUACAACCUCGUAUUACAGAUACUAUGCAUUUCGACCUUCAACUGAUUUUCAUUGAGAUUUGAAAUCCAUAUAUAACACAAGUUGAAUAUUUUCAGAUCUGUGCAUAUAUAUUAAGACACAUAAUACCUACCGUGCAAAAAAGUCAGUUGGAUUAAGCUUUGGACAUGUUUUCUUUUUCAUGUUGUAUUGUUGUAGAUUACCAAGUUUGAAUGUGAUAGAAGCCCUAACUUGUAUGUUUACACUGCAAAUAACCAAAGGUCAAUUUUAGUCUAGCUAUUUACCAUGGUUUGCAUGUCACGGUUCUCAACAUGUUUUUGCCAAGUUUCUGUCCCAAUGCUUAACCUGUUACGCUACUAAGCAGGCGGCUCGUCUCUUUAUAGAGAAUCUGAAGCCUAGCCAGGUUAAGUCGAGUUUAGAUACACAUCACACUACAGAGCUUGUGUGCCUUAAGGAGGACCGAUGUCUCAGUGUGGGCCAGCUAGUCAGGUCCUGCUUAUUCCUACAGAGGUACAUAGUAUUGCAUAUCGUUACGUCUAUUCAUGUCCGUCUGUCAUACGAGAUUUUGAUUCACUAAUGACGAGAAGAUCGUCCCGAUUGACUCACUUCAAAAUAGUGGAAGCCAAGGGUAUUGUAGUCAAUGAAUUUAAGUUUACGAUUGCAUGCUAGUUUUAGAUUAUUUUAAAUAUGUACACGCUCACUAUAUGUUGAGUCAUCCUGUUGUAUUGGAUCAUACUAAUAAAACAUAUAAGAACACCUCUGUGUGUUCUGUUCUGACAUGGUUGUGACUCAAAAUGGAACCAGUGUAAAUAGUAAACGUUACAGAGACAAACACACUUCUUUCAAAGGUUUAUUGGAACAUCUUGAUUGGUGUGGGCACUACGGGAGGCCCUGUCUGGAAGUCACUUGUUUUGAUUGUUGUCAGCAGCAAAGCUUUAGAUUCCUGCUAAAAAUAGAGCAGCCUGCAAAAAGGGCCCGGUCACAAACAGAGAAGUAGGCACAGGCAACUAGCGGGGAGAACUGUUUUCUUUGCUAAAAAGGCCCAGAGCCAAACGCCCCCAUGAGAGAGUAUUGUGGCAUCCAACAGUUGUUAUUCAGCAGCAGUGUGAAUAUUAAAGCGUAGUUGAGAAGCUAAACAAGACCCUGGGAUACAAAACAGAAGUUUAAGGCAUCGGUUGUAUUGCUUUGGAAACGAAGGUGUUCCUGGCAGUGACUUAACCAACAAACAAAUGGCUUUGCACCUCACGUGGUAUCUUUAUCCCUCUCGUAGCCUUUUAAAGGGUUCAGUUGUACCGGGGGAAUACAAUGAAAAAAUCACAUCAACAAAACAUUUUUGUGGACAAAAUGUGCAAAAAGGCUUCCCUGCGGAAACCUGGGUGUGUCACGUGAAACUACGCAUCCCUUGAUCCUCUCUGUUGGCACCCACUGGAGCAUAACUUUGCAUGCAAGACUUGGAGAGUUCAAUAAAUGAACGCAGUGUGUGCCCACGAGUGCCAGAGUUAUCUGGCAGUCCUUUGAAAUAUUAAAAAAAGUAAAAAAUAAAGUAAUUAUUAUGGCGUUCUAAUUAGUUGCCAUGGUAACGGAGACGAGUCCUU